AUGGAAAACUUUACAGAAAUUGCCACUGAACUUGUAAGAAUUUACAAUCCGCUUAAAGGAAAGGAGUUUGAGGCGCAUUACCAGGGAGAACGCAAGAUGCCAUUGAAAGGAACCAUGAGGGAUGUUUUAGAGAUCGACGAAGGGAACCCUUUCGCCUCAACACUGGCAGAAAUUUCAAGCACGGUCCGUCAAAAAUACGGUACAAAAGUUUGGAAAGGAAUCACUGGGCCUGAAGAUAGCGAAUACUUUGAAGAUUAUUGGCUAUGGGUAGAGAGGUUGCGUCCAGCGCUGGAAGAAGGCAAUAGUUACGUCUUCAAAAUAGUGGAGUGCACUGUUUUUGAAGGCAGUGGCGAGUUCUUGUGCGGAAUGAGCUUGAAGGCUACUAUGAUCAAACAGCCUUCUAGUUCUGAAUAA